ACCUUACUGCAGGAACGUUUUCGCCAGGUCCUUCACCAUCAUCAUCACCGUCAGAAUCAAGGCCGGUAGCCUCGUGCUUGACACGCACAAACAGGACCUCUUUCUUAUUUAAUAGAGCAUCCCCUAAAAGCUCCUUCGCUCUUACUUCCUAUUCAUAGGUGCUAACUUUUCGUCGUUGGGGACUUGACUUGCUCUCGAAGCUCCCUCUACAGUACAAAGAUGCCUUCCUCUCCUGCGGUGUCUUCUGUCGUCCCUUCGACCCCAUCCCCCCCUGCGCUGGGCACCCUCAUUGACAAUGAAUCCCUCGAACUCGUGGAAGUUCUUGGUGUCGGUGGAUAUGGUGUUGUAUACCGAGCGGUUGACACGAGGCAUCCCCUUCUGAAAUCUUACGCCGUCAAAUGCCUGAUCAACUCCCAAAUGGAACAUGGCUCGAGGCAACGUCAGCUCCACCUGCGGGAAAUAACCCUACACCGCCUUGCAUCCGCUCAUCCCAACAUCGUCACUCUUCACAGGGUAGUCGAGGAGUUCCACUAUACCUAUAUCAUCAUGGACUUUGCCAGUGACGGUGACUUAUUCUCCCAAAUCCUUCACAAUUGUCGGUAUCUUGGCAAUGACAGGCUCAUCAAGCACAUAUUCCUACAGCUACUCGACGCUGUCGAGUACUGCCACUCACUCGGAAUUUAUCACCGUGACUUGAAGCCAGAAAAUGUCUUGUGCUUUGAAGGUGGCCUCCGCAUUGCCAUCACUGAUUUCGGCCUCGCGACAACGGACAGGUUUAGCGAGGAAUUCCGAACAGGUAGUGUCUAUCACAUGAGCCCAGAGUGUCAAGGGGGAUCGUUUGCACCAACUGGAUCUUACUCACCCCUAUUCAACGACAUUUGGUCUCUCGCUAUCAUCCUUUUGAAUCUUGCCACCGGGCGUAAUCCGUGGAAAUCUGCAUCAGCCUCGGACCCCACCUUUCAGGCUUACCUUCAAGACCCUUUGAACUUCCUUCCGACCGUUCUUCCUAUUUCUUUGGAAGUGAACGAUAUACUUACAAGGAUGCUUGAGGUAGACUGGCGGCAGCGCUCUACGCUGGCAGAAGUGAGGAAAGCGAUUCUCGCUGUGGACCAAUUCUACGCAGAAGGCGUUAUCUUCGAGGGAAGCAUGGCUCGUUGCCCUUGGGAGCUAGACGUUGAGAUUGAAAGCGAUAGCGACUCUUCCACGAAAGGCGAGACUGUGGAACCGGAAGUACAGGAGGAGCUGAGGUCUUUUUGGAGCAAAGAUUCCGAUUUGGAGAUGGAUUUCGCCAAUAAUUCAGAAGAUUUGCCGUGGGAGGAAGACUAUGCUUCUUGUGAAGCUACUUGGGCCUUCGAGUCUUCGAUACGGUCUCCCACAUCGACUGUUUUGACACCACUUCGAGUCUAUGAAUCUGCUACGCCCCCCUCCACCUACUCCCCCCUCUCCCCAUCUGAUUCUAGCACCAUGUCUUCCAUUCCUACGACUCCUGAAAGCGCUGCAAUGCCGAAGAACGUCAUGUUACCACACAACGUCUUACCUCCGCCAACGAAGCCAUUGAAAAUCAAUACCAACUGCGGGCGGCGGAUGUACUAUACAGCGACCAACUCCACUCGUUCAAUAUCCUCGGCGAUGCACACUGCGGUGGAAAGCUACAAUCCCUAUUCCUCAUCAUUUUUUCUUGCCGAUGCAUCGGUAUCUAGAUUAUCGUUGCCUUUGAGUUCUGAAGCUAUGCCGUCGUCCGUCGAUUUAGGGGUGUAUUCCACUCCGGAAAGCAAAGGGAUGGACACGACGUGGGAUGAUGACUCGGAGACCGACUACGCGACAUCUCACCCUUCUGCGUCCAUGAACAGUUCGGUGGUGGGUUUGGAUCUAAAUUUCUUUAGUGACGUCGAUGAAGACUCUAGCUCGUCCAAUGUAGACCCCUGGGAACGCCAUCAGAUACCUCCUUCAAACACCUUAUUACCAGCUAUACUCACCUCCUUGAGGCGAGCAUCCGCAGAUGAUGUUUCCGCAUCUGCACAGAAAAGAACGAUUGAAAGCCAGCGUAAGAGUUCUGGUUUCUUCAAAUUCACGUUCCCCCGCUCCGCAAGCCCACGUUCGUCAUUAAAGUCAAACGAGGAGCGUAAAGGUAGUCCCCGAUCAGAAUCUUUCUUCCUUCAUUCCUUGUUCAAUCGUGCAUCAUCACCAAAUUCUCGACAAUCGUCAUCAUCGUCAUCAUCAUCGCAUAGAUCAUCGCCACCCUCAUCGGUGAUUCCUGUCACACCACCUCCAUCGGCAAAUAUCGAAAACUGUCGACAAGCUGCACGACUACGUCCCAAGCGUCGCUGGUUUUCUCCAGGAAAGUUAUUCACUCUCACAGGAGCAUCAUAGGACUCCAAUUUCUGUCGUUUACGAUUUUCACGGUAGUCGUUUACGCGUCUGACGAUCAUCUCUCGCUAUCAGGAAGAUCUCGGAUAUCUAUGUCUUGCGUCACUCUCAUACUCCAGUAGGAUCGAGGGUAAAUAUAACACGCACCAUACGUAUGUGUACCAGGUGUACCAGACGACCUCCCGUUAUGUAUCACAAUUAUCCACUGUAUCCACUGUAUCCAUGUUAAACACGCUGGCGCUCAGAUGUUCUCAUAUGCCUUAUUCAUGAUUAGUUUCUUUGCACUUGUAA